UCUUCAUUGUGAAGGAAUACAACGUUUUGAUCACACUGGAAUUGAUAAUUCCUUCAAUUACAUUUGGGAUUUCACAAAUUUUCAGCCAAUAUUUUCAAUCUGAACCAUGUCAUUUGAGGAAGAGGAGGCUUUUGAGCAUACGCUUUUGGUUGUUCGUGAAGUAUCUGUGUUCAAAAUCCCACCUCGGAGCACAAGCGGUGGCUAUAAAUGUGGGGAGUGGCUACAAUCUGAUAAGAUCUGGUCGGGGCGUCUGCGUGUGGUUUCGUGUAAAGAACGUUGUGAGAUCCGGCUUGAGGAUCCCAACUCAGGUGAUCUCUUUGCCGCCUGCUUUGUCCUCCCUGGGCAGAGGGAGAACUCCGUUGAAACCGUCCUCGAUUCGUCCCGUUACUUUGUGCUCAAGAUAGAGGAUGGGAGGGGCAAGCACGCCUUUAUUGGGUUGGGAUUUAAUGAGAGGAAUGAGGCAUUUGAUUUCAACGUUGCGCUCUCAGAUCAUGAGAAGUAUGUAAAGAGGGAGCAUGAGAAGGAGUCGGGAGAAGCGAGCAAUGACAAUCAUAUCGAUAUUCAUCCUGCAGUCAAUCACAGAUUGAAGAAAGGUGAGACCAUCCGGAUAAAUGUAAAGAACAAACCAACUGGCGGAGCUGGAAUGCUUUCAUCUGCUUGGUUGUCUGGUGGUGUUUCAGGGACUGGGAAUCCUAAAACUCUGGUUCUUUCUCCACCACCUAGUGGGGCUGGAAAAAUCCGAACCCCUCUUCCACCACCACCCAAUGAUCCUGCUGUUGCUCGGAUGGCUGCUGGCCAUCAUGGUGUUGGACUCAAGGGUUCCAAAGAAAACGUGAGGCGUGCAAAUGAUCCUUUGUCAGAUUUCUCUCAACUUGAGAGAACUCUUCCUUCAACUACCGGAUCAGGAUCAACAAAGACAACUGCAGCAGGAUGGGCAGCAUUUUAAAUUUGAGUGGGUUGCUGUUUCUUCUCUUAAAGAUUAAAAAGGGAAAAAGAAAAGAAGUAAAAGGAAACAGAGAAAAAGAGUGAGGCAUUAUAGACAUUACCGAUAUCAUUUAAAAUAUAAUGUUCAAUAGAAUAUGUCUUAUCAUUUUGUCUGCUCUUAUUUGUAUUUAGAAGCCUUUAACAUAAUAUAUUUGAUAAAUUCUGAGAGUUAUCAUA